AUGGUAAACAAUUCUUUGAUUUCAGCCGAGGUCCUGUCAGUAUAUUUAAAUCUUUUUGAGUUGUUUCUGACGACCAAAUGUUUCCAUGGACAGGAUCUGUAUAGGAACAUCUUACGUAGUGACAACUCUCUGGGUCAGUUUUUUUCUGGUCCGUCUGCCAACUUCAUUGCCGGGGCUGCUGCCGGUUGUACGACACUGAUUAUUAUCUACCCCCUUGAUAUUGCACACACCCGUCUUGCUGCUGAUCUGGGAACAACCGAGGCUCGUCAAUUCCGAGGUGUUCGCCACUUCCUUAAUACCAUACGUGAGAAAGAUGGUGUCCGAGGGAUAUACAGGGGCCUGCCUGCUUCUCUACAUGGAAUGGUUGUGCACAGGGGCCUUUACUUUGGUGGUUUUGAUACCAUAAAAGAGAUGAUGUCUGAAGACUCUAGACGAGAGGUGGCACUGUGGAAGCGUUGGGUGGUGGCUCAGGCAGUCACAUCAUCUGCUGGAUUGCUGUCAUAUCCAUUGGACACG